AUGGCGCUGAGUGGCAACUGGCAGCUAUCUGUGGAUGAUGGACAGCACACCGGAGAGUCCUCGCUUUCCAUUGUUUGCCACCCGGCUCCAGGCGGUUUUUUGCUCAUCUUCUUAUGGAUCAACCAAGCCGCCACUGAGCCAAUCGAUUGGCGUUGGUGGAAAUAUAAACUCUUCGUCACUGACUGGCAUUCUCCACUCAGGAGGCUGUUUGCAAGCAGUUCGGCGCGAAUUGUGAACGUCAAUGUGGAUCUGACAUCUUGCGGAAAAUGGCUGCAGCUGCUGGGAUCGCAGUGGGAUUUGAGGCUAUCCGGAUCCAUCGAAGAUAUGCAUAGAGCGUAUGGCUUGACCGAAUCGACUGGAAAUGUCUACAAGGUCACGUGUGUGCUGAAGCCAGGAGAACAACGUACUUUCGCUCGCGUCGACAUCGAUUGUUUUCUGGCAGCGAUUCUGCCACACCAUCGAUUUGUGCAACUCCGAAUCCAUCAGAAAUACGUAUUAGACGCCGUGAUGAUGCGUGAGAACGCCGUGCGCAUCGUCGAAAGCGUGCUUCGCCUGAAUCGAGAAAACAAAGCGUCGAAGCGACGAUUUUUCUACGUGGAAUUUUCGGGGUGCGCUCUCUAUAGCUGGUGGCCGAAGGAGUGCGCUCGCUUCUACACAAACGGCAUCUUUCUGACACCAUUCUGGAAAACGAGCACCAAGCGCGAUCGCAAAAAUAUUACGUUCUACGUUGAUUCGUUUAGGUGUUCUGCGUCUUGGCUGAUCGGCUGGAAUUAUCAAAACUCUGCACAACUAUACGACGACGCGAUACGGAAAUCCGUGACUCCAGGCUACGGAUCACCGAAGCGGUUUGCCCAUCCGCCUUUCCCCGACAAUGUCAAGUUA